CAAACAUGAAUGCAAUAUACGCUGUCUAUACCAUGAAGUCGAGCUAAUAUGGUCUACAGGAUUUCUUUCUUUGUCACACUUCUAAGCUCCCUUACACACUUGGGACGCUGCACAUCAACACAUCGCAAUAAUUCAGCACUGACGCCUUAUGUUGCUCAUAAUGACGCCAAUGAAGUAUCUAAUGGAGGGACAGUUAUUCUAGACAACAGCAACGAUGCAGCACGACUGCCCUUCGUAGAGGUAUACGGCGGAAGGGCAUUCCAUUACGAGAAUCCAAAGGAUUUCAUUUCAAAUGACUUAGCCGAACGCCAAAAGGAACUACAGAAUCUACCAGCGUAUGAGACCGAUGCAUACGAAACUAUGCGCAACUUUUGAAAUGAGUUUCGAAAGUAUGAUAUUUAUACCGUGCG